AUGGAUUCAUCAUCAACAAUCACGAAAGUUCCAUUAACUGGUAGUAGUGUAACACUAUCAUUACAUCCUCUCGUUAUUAUGAAUGUAGCUGAACAUUACACAAGAGUACGUGUCCAAAAUCAACCUCGCACUACAUCAUCGACUACUGCUAUCACAUCGACAACACCCUCAUCCUCUAAUAUUCAAGUUUUUGGUGCAUUACUCGGUAAACAUAAAGGUCGUCAUAUUGAAUUAUGUGAUACAUUUGAAUUUAAAAUAACUGUUAAUAAACAAUUAAAUACAAUAAAUAAUAUUAUUAUUGAUUUGGAUGAUUUAAGUAAAAAAUUAGAAUCAAUUAAAAAAGUUCAAGGUGAUUUAGAUUUUAGUGGUUGGUAUGCAAUUGGUAGCGAAUUGAAUGUUGGUUUAAUGAGCGAUUUUUAUCAACAGUUAAUACAAUUAAAUGAAAGUCCACUAUUCCUACGUUUAGAUCCAUUUGGUGUUAGUAAUGAAUUACCGAUACAUGUCUAUGAGACAAGUAUUGAUAUUUUACCAAAUAGUAAUAGUGAUGGGACAAAAAUUGAUUUUAUUGAAAUAACAUACACUUUGAUUACAGAAGAAGCUGAAAGAAUUGGUAUUGAUCAUGUGGCACGUUAUUCUGUAACAGAUUCAUCAGAUACAUCAAUGGUUACCGAACAAAUACAUAUUCAAUAUAAUGCAAUACGUUUAUUAUAUCAACGUAUGUUAUUGUUACUAGAAUAUAUAAAAGCAAUUAAAAAUAAUAUAUUACCACGAAAUGAUGAUUUAUUAAGAGAAAUUGGUUCAUUGUGUCAACGAUUACCAAUAAUGAAUACAGACGAUAAUAAUAAUCAAUUGUUUCGUGAUGAUUUUAAUAUUCAACAGUCAGAUGUUGCAUUACUCGCUCUAUUAGCGUGCUGUACACAAGAAAUAAAUACAUUGAAUGAUUAUAUAAGUAAAUUUAAUAUUGUACAUGAAAAACAACAACACGGCGUUUUUGGCUAUGGUGGUCGACGAGCGGGUCGUGGUCCAUUUUUUUAUCCAUCUUCAUUUGUUUAG